GCAUCCGUUACUUCAUAAAGGUAUUGUGAACCAUAUAUAUUGGAGAUUCUUCUGACACAUCCGGAACUGCUGAAUUAACAAGAAAAACCUUUGCGAUACAUCACAUAAAUAAUUUUUUAAAUACCCUCAUAUUGUUUUGUCCACAAUAAAUACAUACACCCAAACACGUCAGUCAACGCCAUUGGUUAAUUUUAUUAUUGGCGUUUGACAUCUGACACCGGCAUUAUUGCCAUCUUAGUGGACCUGUCGGCUGGAUACAAGGAUUUUGGACCUAAUUAUUAUAACAUACUCUUUCGAUUAUUCCUACAUACGGUUUUGAGCAGAAAGAAUAAUAAUGGAUUGCCGUAAGUGUUUAAAAAUUGCGCCUGAUGCAGAGAGUAUCAAAUGUACCUCCUGCCUAGCAUGGCUACAUUUCUAUUGUGCGGAACUGUCGGAAUCAGAGUUUAAAAAGAUUUUACCUAUGAACAGAAUAAAAUGGAAGUGUUCUGCAUGUAAGUCUAAAAAGAAAACAACGCUCUCGACGACCAACUCACCUGCCCUUAGUUCGGCUUCGCCCUUGAACGUGGACACGGAGGUGUUAACUAAAUAUAUGGACUCAAAGUUUGCGAACUUAAGUCAACAGUGGCGCGAUGAUCUCAACUCGGCAAUCUUAGAGGUUUCGCGAACAUUUCGGAAUGAUAUAAUUGCCUUAGAAAAUCGCAUAAACACAUGCGAAGAAAGAGUUGCUCAAGUGGAAUCAGCGGCAGUGACAAACUCCUCUUCCCUGCCGUCCAACCUCAUAGAAGAAAAUGCGUCACUACGUCACGAGCUUGAAACCUUGAGUAACAGGCUCGACAACUUCGAUCAAGCCUCUAGAAACUGCAAUGUCGAGAUUCAAAAUGUGCCCGAAAUUAAAGGUGAAAACCUUAUGCAACUCUCUUUUACACUAAGCAACAUUUUAAACGUCGAAUUAAAAGACUCAGACAUAAAAACUGUUCACCGCGUUAAGCCAGGAGUACCUACGGGUCGCCCGAGAAAUAUUAUACUGCAGUUGACAACUCGCAGAAAACGUGAUGAUUUUAUCGCUGCUGCACGUGUGCGUGGCUCUCUAACAGUUGAUAAAUUGCUGGUUGGAUCUGUGGCUGCCUCUGGCAACAAUCGAUUCUACGUCAAUGAACACCUUACCUUGAAAAACAAAAUACUCUUCAGUAAGGUCAGGCAACUUGCAAGGGAAAGAGGGUAUAAGUAUGUUUGGAUAAAAAACUGUUGUAUUUUGGUUAGAAAAACUGAUGAAGCUAAAGCCAUCCAAGUGCGAUCCAGUGAUGAUCUAGCCAAAUUAAUAUGACUAUAUUCCCCUAUUU